CUCUCUCUCUUUCUAGUUCACCUCACGGCCCACAGGCCAGCAACCAGAAUAAAAGCUUACGAAGGUUGAGCCAUGGCGCAGGUUAACCUUGGCCCUCCGCUCUCGUCCUCCUUGUGCUGCCUCCGUAAAACGCAGCAGCCUUUAUGGCGCCGUCCGAGAGAGGAUGCAACAAGUUGGUCAUCGUUGCGAAACAGCCUUCAAUGCAAUGGACGAUUCACUUGUCUCCUUUGGGAUAACCAUAAACAGGAGCAAGCAAGAAAAGCGUUGGAAGAUGCUCUUGGUGGAAAGAAGUCUGAAUUGGACAAGUGGGACAAAGAAAUUAGGAAGAGAGAGGAGGAGGAGGCGGCAGGUGGAGGUGGAGGAGGAGGAGGAAGAGGUGGCGGUGGUGGUUGGUUUAGAUGGUGGUCCAAUGGUGACCAUUUCUGGCAGGAAGCCCAACAAGCAAGCCUUGCUGUUUUAGGCAUAAUCCUUGUAUAUCUCAUCAUUGCAAAAGGGGAAGUUAUGCUGGCAGUUAUACUCAAUCCCUUGCUGUUUGCCUUAAGAGGAACAAGAAAUGCAUUUGCUUUUCUAGCAACACAUAUGUCAGGAAAGGGUGAAUUUGAAAAUGUGACAACUGGGGAUGCCAAUUAUGAUUCAUCCGCUAAAAGCAGAGUGUUAAGGAAAUGGGGAAGCGACCAAUAAACAAGUAUUUGCUCUGCCAGUGGAAGUUUUUUUUUUUUUUUUUUUUCCAAAUAGAAAUGCUGCUGGCAAACCUCAUUUCCCUUGUGGCAGUCAUGAUGGCACAACAACAGCAUAUCAUAUUUUGGGUAAACAUAAAUAGAGGCUAGGGAUUUCUAUUGUUUGGGAUUCCAAAAAAAUAAAAAAUUUGGCAAGAUGUUCAUUUUUCUUUUCCUAAGGCACCGCGGUUGAUGAACACCCCACCUGUUAAUGUAUUCUUGUUGGGUUUGGAAGAGAAAGAUAAAUUUGCAAGAUGUUUCAUAUGAUUUUGUGCAA